AUUUAUAAUGAUUAUAUAAAAAAUUAUAGUGAUUAUUUAAAAAAACAACAAAAUGGAUCCAAUGUUUUAGAUUUAUUAAUCAAAGAAAACCAACAUAUCAUUACAUUUUGCAAGGAAAUAGAUCAAAUUUUAAAUGGAGGGGUGCCUUUAAAAAAGCUUACCGAAUUUUGUGGUGUUCCUGGUAUUGGUAAAACCCAAAUGGCAUUUCAACUGGCAAUCAAUACAUCCAUUCCAAAAUCAUUGGGUGGCAUCGAAGGUAAAUCUAUAUAUAUAGAUACAGAAGGAAAUUACUCUUGUCAACGUGUUAGAGAAAUGGCACAACAUUUAUACGACCAUCUCGAAAAAAUCAAUGGUCCAUCAGAGCCCUUAAGUAUAACAGUGGAUUCCAUUUUAAAUAAUAUUUAUUUUUACCGAGUCUACAAUUAUAUGGAAAUGAUAUCAUUGGUGCACCAAAUACCAUUAUUUUUAGAACAAAAUAAAGAUGUAAGAUUAAUCAUUUUAGAUAGCAUAACUUUUCCAUUUAGAAAAGAUUUUACGGAUAUGGCACUAAGAACAAGAUUAUUAUUAAGUUUAGCGCAAAACCUAAUGAGUAUUGCCACGAGAUUUAAUGUCGCAGUAGUAUUUAUGAAUCAAGUUACAACGAAAAUAUCACCAAAUAAAAGAGAAUCAAUAUUGGUACCCUAUUUGGGAGAAAGCUGGGCACACAUUUGUACUUAUAGAAUGAUUUUAUUUUGGAAAUCAAAACAAAGGUUUUGUCACCUCUAUAAAUCGCCAUCAUUUAAAUCAUGUUACAACCCAUUUUUUAUAAAUGAACAGGGUGUGCGA